UCAAGAUUGGAAAGAGACAUGGAGAAACUAUAUCUCAUACUUGUGCUCUUCCUCUCUUCUUGCUCAUUGCUAGUUUCCUCAUACAAUGUGCCUGCUAUUUUUACCUUUGGAGACUCAAUUCUUGAUGCCGGAAACAACCAUUUCAACAAGAAUUGCACCGCUCAGGCUGAUUUUCCACCUUACGGUUCCGCAUUCUUCCACCAUCCAACCGGACGGUUCACUAACGGUCGAACUGUUGUCGAUUUUAUUUCACAAUUUCUAGGAAUUGACUUGCAGAAACCAUAUCUUGAAGUAGAACUUGCAGUUAAGAAUGGAAGUAGAAAGGAUUAUCCAUCUAACGGUCUCAACUUUGCUAGCGCUGGCAGUGGUGUUCUGCUUGCAACUAAUAAGGAUUGGGGAGUCAUACCAAUCCAAGAUCAACUACAACAAUUUCAAGCACUAGUACACCAAAACAAAAUUCACAAAACCCUAAUUGAAAAAUCAAUUUUCUUUUUCGAAUCAGGGUCUAAUGACAUGUUCAACUAUUUUCUCCCCUUCCUAAAUCCAACAGUACUUGACCCUAAUGCAUAUGUUCAAUCCAUGUUGACUGAGGUAGCAAAUUUUAUAGACCAAAUUUACAAACUCGGUGCUCGACGCGUUGCUCUGUUUGCCCUAGGCCCCGUCGGCUGCGUUCCGGCUAGAGCCCUCUUGCCGGGUGCACCGGUUGAUCGAUGUUUCGGAAAGAUGAAUGUGAUGGUUAAGAAAUAUAACAAGGGAUUGGAAAGUAUAGCCAAGUCUAUGGGUGUUAAGUACCCGGGUGCUAUUGGUGUUUAUGGUGGAGUUUAUGAUGUUGUUCAACGAUUCCGAGCCAGUCCAAUCCAUUAUGGUUUUGAAGAUGUAGUGAAUGCAUGUUGUGGAGAUGGACCUCUAGGAGGCUUAUUGCAAUGUGGGAGAGAAGGAUACAAAAUUUGUAAAGAUCCAAACAAGUAUUUGUUUUGGGAUUACUUCCAUCCAUCAGAACAUACUUACAACCUCAUCUCCAAGGCUUUAUGGGGUGGCAACAACUCCACCAUUAGGCCAUUCAAUCUCCACACUUUAGCUUCCAUGACUUGAUUUGAUUGGUUCCAUGUUAUGAAAUUUUUGGACAAUGUUUUGAGAUAUUUCUCAAUAUCUCUAUUUGUUUGAUGUUUUUCCUUAUAAAGCUUUGAUGCAUAAUGUCAAAUCCCUUAUGUGGGAAUGCUCUUAAUUAUAAAUUUGAAUAAUUUUUGAUCUAGAAAA